AUGGCACAUUUUUUCACCAAACAUUGGUGGACAGUUUUAGUAAUCCUUUCACUGGAUUGGUUAUCUUCGGCGGCCGAUGAUGAAACUUCGAAAGAUCCCCUCAUUUUCACCGUGGCCAGCAAUGCAACGGAGGGCUAUACGCGCUAUCUGCGAUCAGCGAAACAUUACGAUCUCACAGUAACGACACUCGGCAUGGGCAAACCUUGGCUUGGAGGAAACAUGAAGUCCGUUGGUGGUGGAUAUAAGAUUAAUUUACUGCGCGAAGCGCUCAAACCAUACCGAGCGGAGAAGGAUCGGCUCGUAUUGUUUACCGACAGCUAUGAUGUACUCUUCUUGGCCCCGUGGGCAAAGAUCCAGGAAAAGUUUGCCUCAUUCGAAGCAUCCAUUGUGUUCGGGGCGGAGGGAUUCUGCUGGCCGGAUGAAUCGCUGAAAAGUGCCUAUCCUUCCCUCGAAGGUCGUGGAAUGCGUUUCUUAAAUUCGGGCCUUUUUAUGGGAUAUGCAGACAAACUGUACAAAUUGCUCAAAUCUCCAUUGAAGGAUACGGAAGAUGAUCAACUGUACUACACAAAAGCGUACCUAGACGAGGAACUGCGCCAGGAACUUAACAUCAAGCUUGAUCACAUGGCCACAUUGUUCCAGAACUUGAACGGCGUAGAAGAGCAGGUUGUACUAUCGUUGGAACCGACCGAGAAGGAAGCCACGCUGACAAACUCCGAGUAUAACACGAAACCUGCCAUCGUGCAUGGUAACGGUCCCAGCAAGUUGACACUGAACAGUUACGCCAAUUAUUUGGCCGGAGCGUUUGUUGACGGUGAGUGCAAAACGGUACAGGAAGAUCGUCUAACCCUCGAUGAAGAUGCACCGCUGCCACUCGUUACGAUGGCUCUGUACGUGGAGAAACCGACACCGUUCCUGGAAGAAUGGUUUGAAAGAAUUAUAAAGCUGAACUAUCCUGCCGAUCGGUUGGAUGUGCUGAUACACUCAAACGUAGCGUAUCAUGCUGCUACGGUCAAAUCAUUCCUCGAUCGCCAGGAAGGACGCUAUCGUUCACUCAAGCUAAUAGACCACGAUGCGGAGUUCAGCGAAAUGGCAGCCCGAAACUUUGCCACGAAGCACUGCGAACAACGCGGUUGCGACUAUCUGUUCGUUGUUGAUUCGGAAGGACAUUUGGACGAUGUGAACGUGCUUCGAUCGCUUAUCGAAGCGAAUCGGAAUGUGAUCUCACCGGUGCUGACACGUCCGGAGAAGGUUUGGAGCAAUUUUUGGGGUGCCCUCAGUGGUCAAGGUUUCUAUGCACGUUCGAACGAUUACAUGGACAUCGUGGGCCGUAAGCUGCUCGGUCUGUGGAACGUUCCCUUCAUCUCGAUCGUGUACUUGGUUAAGCGGGCCAUAUUGCCCGACGUAAGCUACGAACUGCAGGAAACCGAUCCUGAUAUGGCCAUGUGUUGGCACUUCCGUUAUAAGGGCAUCUUCAUGCACGUGAUCAAUAUGGAGCAGUACGGACAUCUGAUCGAUACCGAGUACUUUGAUAUGACUCGCACACAUCCGGAUUUUUACCAGCUGUUUUACAAUCAACAUGACUGGGAACAGCGCUAUCUUGCGUCGGUUUACAAGCAGCAGCUCGAAGAAAGCUUCGUACCCAAACAACCCUGUUCGGAUGUUUAUUGGUUCGCGCUCGGAUCGGAUCGCUUUUGUGAUGAUCUACGCGAAAUCGUAGAAGCAUUCGGUGAAUGGUCGGACGGUUCCCAUUCGGAUAAACGUUUGCAGGGCGGUUACGAGGCUGUCCCGACGCGAGACAUUCAUAUGAACCAGGUUGGAUUGGAGCAACUGUGGUUAAAGCUUCUGCAGCUUUAUGUGCGUCCGCUGCAGGAGAAAGUGUUCAUCGGCUAUUUCCACGAUCCACCAAGAUCUCUGAUGAACUUUGUCGUUCGUUAUCGGCCAGACGAGCAACCAUCGCUGCGGCCCCAUCACGAUUCGUCCACGUACACAAUUAACAUCGCACUCAACUCGGUCGGUGUUGAUUACGAGGGCGGCGGUUGCCGAUUCCUGCGCUACAACUGCUCCGUUACGGAUACGCGCAAAGGCUGGUUGCUGAUGCAUCCGGGGCGCUUGACGCACUUCCACGAGGGUCUGCUAACCACCAAAGGAACGCGCUACAUUAUGAUUUCUUUCGUCGAUCCGUAA